AGAGUGAUUAGUCUAAAUUGAAAAGGUGUCKGAUCAGGUCUCCUAGCGCGCACMAUUGUCGAACUGCCUGGCGAGGAURACAUUAUUUUCUUGACCUUCAGUAAAACAAGGUUUAGGAAAAGAGCUGAAUGAAGUCAGAGUUUGACUUUCAACCACUUAUCAGAAAGUCGUCUGGAUAUUGUUUCGCUAGCAGCAUAACUUCUUCACACACACAUCUUCUGUGCGGUCUGCUCCUUGAGCCUCGGCUCCAAGCACCUGACAAACGCUAGCUGAGCACUACUCUACACUCCGCCAAUCCUUCAACAGGGACCGGAAAACCUGUGAACACAUUUACAAUACUGGUUGGCGGAAACAGCUGAGAACCCGACACACACCUUGCCCUAAGGACAAUUCCAGGCAGACUCCAUUUGAUUUACAUCAGGACAGACAACCAGGCCCCAUACACAAACACACACUCUGGAAACCAAGCAACCAACAGAAGGCAGAGGAACACAGCCUCUAACAACCAACUACCCCACCUAUCUCACCAUCUCACCCAGUUGAUGCCUAGCCUAACCUAGGCCCGGAGAUAAYAAUGUUCUCUGCUGGCUGUUCUGGUUGAUUCCUAUCUGACUGACACAGGCAGACAGACUGGCUGGUUUGGGCGCUUUGUGACGCUCUUCUGUACGUUCAUCAUCAUUGUUUAUCCGAAGGAAUCAACAUGCACCUGACUGGGUAAGGUUGAGGCCUCGACUACCAAGGACCACUUAGACGCGGUUGAGACAACUGACCUCGUAAGGACCGUGUGUGGUUACUGGUCACUGGUGUGGCGGUCAGUCAUGGGUAAGGAACAGGACUUCCUGGUGGCAGUGAAGAGUGGAGACACCCUCCUGGCAAACAAACUCCUGGCCAAGGUUAAAUGCAACAAAACCAAGUUGCUGAGUUCCACAAAGAGGCUGAACAUCAACUAUCAGGACUCAGAUGGGUUUUCAGCGUUACACCAUGCAGCUCUAACYGGCACCACUGAACUGCUGUCUCUACUACUGGAGGCUCAAGCCACUGUGGACAUCAAAGACACCAAUGGUAUGCGUCCGCUCCACUAUGCAGCGUGGCAGGGUAAAGCUGACUCUGUGUUGCUGCUACUAAGAGCUGGAGCAUCAGUUAACACACCGUCACAGGACGGACAGAUACCUCUACACCUGUCUGCACAGUAUGGACACUACCAGGUGGUGGCUCAGUUGUUAUUGAGCAGUAACAUGGUGGUAGCUCUGUUGGAGGGGGAGGAGCUAGACGGUCUAGACUCUGCCUCCUCCAACACACCCCUUCACCUGGCCGCUCGCAAUGGACACAAAGACAUCAUCAGCUAUGUAACACGUACAACCAGACAGCUCUGGACAACGUUAACCAGUUCACCACCUCAUCAGCKAGCAAGGACAUCAAGAUACUAUUACGAGAAGCYUUAGGGUCUCUCCAGGUGAGAGCGGUGAAGGACUACUGGAACCUUCAUGACCCUACAGCCCUCAACCUCCGAGCAGGAGACCUCAUUAUGGUGUUGGAGCAGCACAUGGACGGGAGGUGGAAAGGUUAUAUCCAUGACAACCAGAGAGGAACGGACCGGGUUGGAUACUUCCCUCCGUCUGUAGUGGAGGUCAUCAGCAGGAGAGCAGGGGGUACUCUCUCACGUCAGGUCUCGUUGCCAAGCCAACGGCAGCAGCACUUCCUGUCCAGAGCUCCUCCCACCAGUAUUGGCUCCACCCCCCAGACUGAUGACUCCUACACCUUGUACUACGACCACGCAGCAGGAGACAGGAACAGUGUUGGCAGUGCAGGCAGCAGUGCAGGUAGUGUGGGCAGCAGUCGUAGUGCUGGCAGCGGGCAGAGCUCCGAGAACAGCUUUGGACAGAACGGGUCACACACUCGCCAAACCGCAGCCACAUUGGGUUCCUACAUGGCCAAGCUGGCUCCCUCUGCUGGUGAAUCAGAACAGCAGUUUCGCUCAGUAGGACCAGUCCACAACAAACAACCUGAUGGAUCUACAGGUGGUCCGCGUCAUCAGGUCAGCGGUGGUACUCGGUCAGGGGAGCAGGGUGGCUUCCUGCGUCCAGAUCAGCUCCUGGAGGGCAGGGACUCUGAGGCCAUCUACCAAUGGCUGUGUGAGUUCCAGCUGGAGAGCUACACUGCUAACUUCCUUACAACAGGAUACGAUGUGCCUACUAUCAGUAGGAUGACCCCAGAGGACCUGACAGCUAUCGGUGUGACCAAGCCAGGCCACCGUAAGAAAAUCUCCAUGGAGAUAGGUAACCUAAACAUCCCAGAAUGGCUACCUGACUACAUCCCUUCUGAGCUGUCAGAGUGGUUGAGUGCAAUUGGUCUCCCUCACUACCAGAAAAGACUGUGUGAGAACGGUUAUGACACCAUCAGCAUCGUCAAGGAUAUCACAUGGGAAGACUUAUCAGAGAUAGGAAUCACUAAACUGGGUCAUCAGAAGAAGCUGAUGUUAGCCGUGAAGCGUUUAUGCGACCUGCAUCGUUCUCGUCACCAUGCCAUUGGCUCCGGCACGCUACGGUGUAGUAAACCCCUCGCGGCUCUGGAGCUGGUGGCUAUCGAGCCCCCCGAGCCCCCUGCCGACUGCUGCCCCCCAUCCCCCCACACUCCCAGGACACCCCUCCUUUCCUUUCAGGACAGCGAGCUGAGCACAGAGCUUCAAAACGCCAUGAUGGGCAGGGCAGGAGGAGGAGGGGUGGGGAUAGGGGGGUUUGGGAUGGGUGUGAGAGGUGUGGUGAGGGGUGUGGUGUCGCCGAUGUCACUCAGCCAGGAGAGCAUUGGAACGCGCUCCCGCGGAUCUGGGAAUUCUGGGAAUUUUUCGGGAUAUUCCCAAGAGCAUCACCAACAGACUCUGGCAUCGGCUGGAGCGUACAGUCGCUCGGACGAGAGCCUGGGGGGAGUGGGAGGAAGGUGGGCGAGACAGGAGGGAGGAGGGAGUCCAGAGAGAGACAGGCAGAGACCCACAGAGUUGUGGUCAGACCAGCUGCGCCAGCCCCCCAUCACCCCUCCUCUCACCCCCAGCAAGAUGCCCCGCUUCGCCUACCCAGCCGGGCCCAGUAAACCCAAACCCUGCCAGUCCCCUGCCCACGCCCACCGCCCCUCCUUCUCUCCCCAGGCCUCCCCCACACAGKGGACCUUCAGUUACCUCCACACCCAGGGAGGAGGUACCGAUCUGGGCCAGCGUGGUCUACCCAAGCCCCAUGCUGGAGCUGUCCCCCUCCCAGGACUAGAGGCCCUUAAGGGCCCUAAGAAACGCACCCAGAGUCUGACCCACUAUUCCCUGUCAGAUGGAGAACCGGAAGACGACGAGUUAUCGGCGCAGGAAUCCGUUCCCCCGGUGACCAUGCCCUCGUAUGCCACACUAGGGCGCAAACCAGGCCGCGGUCAAUCCUCCGCAGUCCAACGKCACAUCAGCCGGAGCCACACAUUCGCUGUGCGCUCUCGCCACAAAGGCCCGCCCCCACCGCCACCUAGGAGGUUGAGCUCAGUGAGUGGCAGCCAGGCCAACGAAUCAGGAGGAGCGGCAGUAGUGUCAGUGGAGGUGGAGGUGCCAGGGGUGGAGACUGAGAGUGCAGGCAGUGUGAGGAGCAUCGCAGCCAGGCUACAGGGGUCCGGGCCCAGGGGCAGUCCCCCUAAGGGGGUAGAGUUAUCCUCCCCACYCACCCCCACCCUCGCCUCCCACAAACCUGUACCCGCUCUGGGGCUGGAAGGCCUGAGGAGGAUGGGGAGCGAGCGGAGGGAUAGAGAUGGAGGGAUAGAGAGAAUCCAAGAAGAGGAGGGGGAGAGAGGGAGGAAGAGUGGUUCAGUAUUGGAAAGCUCUACGUCGCUUCAGAGGAGCUCCAGUGAGAAUCUCCCCUUCGCAGAGGAGGGCAACCUCACCAUCAAACAGCGGCCCAGGUUGGGAGCAGGUUGCCAGGCAGAGCCUGAAAUCCAACCCCAGGCUUCUCUAGAAGACCCAAAGAUGCAGCCCCCAAAGUCCCUGGAGGUCCCAGAGUUCAACCUCAAAGAGUCGGACACGGUCAAACGGCGGCGUCAGCCCAAAGACCGGGACACACACACACUGGACGAGAUCUUCACCCCCAGCGAAGAUGACGCACACACACAGCCCCACACACACAGCCGGUCCAACGGCUUCCACACACACACAAACAGAGACAUAAAGAGUGAGGAGGAAGCAGGUGUGGGGUCAGAGCGCAGUUUACAGAGAGUAGGAUCGACAGGGAAAGGCCAGAAACCACCUCUGUCCUCCAAACCAACCAGCCCUCCACUCAAACCAGCUGGUCAACAGAUACACACAACUACAUCUAAACCAGGCAGUCAACCGAUACACACAACUACAUCUAAACCAGGCAGUCAACAGAAGACAGCAACAACGUCCAAAUUAACCACUCCUAUACCAGCCAAUCAACAAAUACACACAACUUCAUCAAGACCAGCCAGUCAACAGACACGGGCAACUAUCCAUAUACCAGCCAGCCCACAAAAUACACACACAACCAACUCUAUACCAAUCAAUCCACAGAAACUAGUAACAGCAACCAAACCAGCCAGUCCACAGAAAACAAUAACAUCCAAGCCAGUAAAUCACCAGACGCCUGCUACUGUCUCUAGACUUCCCCAGCGCAGCACAUCCAUAACGUCAGCCCCUACAGCCCGUUCCCCUGGUGUGACUCUCAAUGUGGUCCAGAGUGUGGUUUUCACUUCCCCAGCCCAGGCAGCCCCCGUUUCAUCCUACCACACCUCAGGGCCUCCAGGCCAGGCAGGGCGAGCAGUAAAGGCCCAGGCUGGUAAGGCCUGCUCYGAGGUACUGGUUCAGAGGAGGCUGGAUGAGACCAGCACGUCACUCGAGGAAGCGUUGAAAGAUGUAGAGAGGAAACUGGCUCAGGACGACACUAACGGUCACAGCGGCACAGUGAAAGCAGCAGGGAAUAUUCUGGAUGAAAUCGGCAACAUGUUUGGUGACCUCGCUGACCAGCUGGAUGCCAUGUUGGAUUAAAUCCUCUUCAUUUCACUCAAGG